AUGUCUGCUCCAAACCCAAAGGCUUUCCCAUUAGCUGAUGCUGCAUUAACCCAACAAAUUUUGGAUGUUGUCCAACAAGCUGCUAACUUGAGACAACUUAAGAAGGGUGCCAACGAAGCUACCAAAACUUUGAACCGUGGUAUUUCCGAAUUUAUCAUCAUGGCUGCUGACUGUGAACCUAUUGAAAUCUUAUUGCAUUUGCCAUUACUAUGUGAAGACAAGAACGUCCCAUACGUCUUUGUUCCAUCCAGAGUUGCUUUAGGUAGAGCUUGUGGUGUUUCUAGGCCAGUUAUUGCUGCUUCUAUUACCACUAAUGAUGCUUCUGCUAUCAAGACUCAAAUCUACGCUGUUAAGGACAAGAUUGAAACUUUGUUAAUUUAA